CAAAUCGUUCCAUCGAAAGCGAGAAAAACAAACACUUGAGAAUUAGUGGUUGCAAUGAAGAACAAAGUUCUCUUUGGGUUUUCCUACCUUAUCUUCAUAAUCUUCCAACAAACAAACUUGUGCAUUUGCUCCGCCAAGUCUCAGCCUCCCGCUGUGCGUGAUUUAGCCGGAAAGGAGCUUCGCGGACGAAUUCCCGGCUACUUCAUUUUGCCGGCCGUCAUCUCCGGCUCGGAAAUUGACGGUGUCCUUUUAUCAAAUGAAACGUGCCCUCCUCAUGUUAUCCAGGAAAACAUACAAGAAAAUAAUGCAACACAUUUCAAACGCGAAAGCCUGCUAUCCUUUAAUCCAUUAGACAUGAAAAAGGGUGUUAUUCGGACUUCUUCGGACAUCAACAUCGGAUUCCUCGACGCAAGUGAGGAUUGUACUUCUUCACUAGUAUGGAAGGUUCAAGAGAAGGACCCGUUGACCGGAAACUAUUAUGUGGGUGUUGGAGGUGUUGUAGGGAAUCCUGGUCCUCAAACUGUAAACAAUUGGUUCAAGAUUGAGAAGACUAAACUUGCAUACAAGCUUAGAUUCUGUCCUUCGGUUUGCAAAACUUGCAAAGUCAUGUGUAAGGACAUUGGCAUUGUUAAGGAUAAGAAUGGGAAGAGGCGUUUGGCUCUAAGUGAUGUUCCUUUUGAGGUUACAUUUCGUUUUGUAGUCUAGUUAUGAAAUGAUGAACAUGUUACACGUAUUGUGUACCUUUUGUUAAUUUGGCUUGUUUUCGUAUUCAAAUGUGAUUGACUACUCAAUGGCAAUUGCAAG